AUGGCUAAGCGAUCCAAAUCAAUUGAGCGAACUAUAAAAGAAGCUGAACAAUACUUGAGCCGAUUUCCUAAUUCAAUAGAAAAUUAAAGACAAAACAAGAAUGAUCAAAAACAUCUAAAUUAAGUUCAAUAAAAAUGUGGUCCAAAUAUCUAAUAAUAAGCUAGUAAGAAGGAGAAGAAACAGGAGAAAUAAAAGGUUAAGAGUAUAUAGACGACUUAAAAAACAUUGAAAGAGUUCUUUAAAAAAACAAUUGAGAAGGAUAACAAUAUCUAAAAAAUAGUAUAGGAUAAUCAUGAACAGCUUAAAGUAGUGAAGGAUUAGCAAGAAUAAUAAGAAUAAGUCGAUGUAAAUUAAAUACUGGGAGAUGAUUAAUAAAAUAUUAGAGUGAUUAUAUAAAAUGAUAAAAAUAAGGAAUAAUAAUAGAAUGCAAAUAUUAACAAAGUUUCAUAAGACUGGUGGAAAUCAAUUUUUCAUUAAGGAAAUAAAUAAAAUUAAGGUUCUGUUAAAAGCAAUUCGUCGACAUCUUUUCUACAACCAAAAACUGAGAAUCAAAAUAUUAGUGUUUAAUAAAAAGUAAAGUAAAAAUGCGAAGAACUCACCAAAGUAAUUAAAGAAUAGGAAUCCAUAGUUACAUCAAAUUAAGCAUAAGGUAAAAAGACAUUACUGAGUUUAACAGACUUGUUUGUAAACUAAAAAUCAAAGAUAAAUUCAACCACUAAAUACUUUAAAUCAAAUGAAAAAUUGAAUUCAAUAUAAGUAAAGGAUUAUGACCUAAAUANUAUAUAAAUAAAAAUUUCAAAUGAAAAUGCGGGGUAUUGA